UCCGGCUCCUCGUCGUAGAAGUUGCCGAGCCAGGGAAGGGGCCUCGGCUGGGCGGAGGAAGGGAGCGGCCUUCAGGUCUGGGUGGGGCUUGGGGGGGGAGGCAGCCACCGGAGCGAGCAAAAGGCGAGGCCGGCUGGGCAGGGCUUGGCACAGGAAGGCCGGCGACCUGCGCACUCGGCAACAUCCAGGAGGACGCCUCGGCCAAGUUUGCUGCUCCCGUCGCCGCGCUCAGCUCCCGCCUCCUCGCCGCCACCAUGCCGGUGAAGGGCGGCACCAAGUGCAUCAAGUACCUGCUCUUCGGCUUCAACUUCGUCUUCUGGCUUGCAGGAACAGCCGUCCUCGCAGUUGGACUAUGGCUUCGGUUUGAUUCGCAGACAAAAGACAUUUUUCGGGAUGAGAGCAAUACAACAUUCUAUACAGGAGUCUACAUUCUAAUUGGAGCUGGUGCUCUCAUAAUGCUUGUGGGUUUCCUGGGAUGUUGUGGAGCGAUACAGGAGUCCCAGUGCAUGCUUGGCUUGUUCUUCCUCUUCCUCCUUGUGAUCUUUGCUCUCGAAGUAGCCGCUGCCAUCUGGGGAUUUUCAAACAAAGAUACGAUUAUUAAGGAAGUACAGAAGUUUUAUGACAAGGUGUAUGAAAAAAGAAACGAACAAGGUACCAAGGAAACCCUGAUAGCCAUUCAGCAUGCUCUUUACUGCUGUGGUUACGGGGGGACCCUAGAAGCAUGGUUUCAGGAAACCUGUCCCAAACCGAAAAAUGGAGUGGACUUUGCACUAAGGUCAUGUCAUGAAGCCAUUAAGGAGGUCUUCACCUCAAAGCUGAAUGUGGUUGGAGCCGUUGGCAUUGGCAUUGGGGUGGUGAUGAUCUUUGGUAUGAUUUUCAGCAUGAUCCUUUGCUGUGCUAUCCGCAGAAAUCGAGAAAUGGUCUGAAGCAACUUAAGGGGGGGGGUCCCCCUUCAAGAAAUCUUUAUUGUUAACUUUAGCAUUACGAAAGCAUUUCUAAAAUUAUAUUUGUUACUUUUUUUAAAAAAAGAGCUUUACUUGUUACUGAUGUUCUUAGGGUUUUUUUUUGCUUUUUAUGUUUGUAACACUUUUAAAAGGAUUCUACAGUUGAAAAGGUACUAUAUUUGUUAGUCUGCCGCUCCAGAACAUCUUGUAUAUACAGUUUUUCUCUCUAAAUAGUUGUCAUUUUUCUUUAAAACUUACAAAUGGGAUGUAAUUUAUGUUGGAGAAAAUUUGAUGAUACUUAUGAAGACUUAAGGCCACCUACUGUUCUCGAAGGAUGUGUGCACCUUUCAAAGUUAACUUGUCAACAUACCAACUUCUGACAUAGGAAGGCAAAGUUAGCCUUCUGUAAGUUGUCUUGUGAAGUCUACUAAGGAAUCUGUGGGGAGUAGUGCUUGGAGAUCUUCCCGGCUUUGCAGGGAAUAUUGUACCUUGAUCUUAUGCAAUUCCGCAGGGCCUGUAAGGCAGAGAUGUUCCACCGGGCAUGUGGUUGAGGACAGUGACAGUCCACAUCAGAGCUGGCACCCUCCUCCACCUGACUCUCCUAUCUCCUGUGAGCUGUUCCCUCCCUGUGCCCAUGAAGCACUCACAGACCAGGAACGGGAGGG